UUUUUAUUUUCUUGCUCUUCUUUUCUUUCUUUCUUCUCUUCUUCUCUUUUCUUUCAUUCUCUCUUCUACCUUUUUUUUUCUUUUGCUUUUCAUUACCCACUUUCCACUUUUUGAAUUCAUUCAUUCUUUUCACAAACUCAUUCAUUCAUUGGUCAUGGCAUCCGAAACUGAGCAACCCUUGUGUAUAAAUACCAAGCAAGAGGAACAAGGGAAGGCCGCUCAUGACAACGCUCUACUUCAAGAAAAUGACGACAGUCGAGGUUCGUUUGAGGUCGAGUCUGCAUGGCAAGAGCAGCCUGUACAUUUACCUGCAUACACACCCUCCACUGCGGCGAAACAUGCAACCCGGGAUUCACCUCCUACCACACCUGUGGAUGAUCCUAUUCAUUUCAUGGGAUCCAGGAAACAUUUCGGAUUCUCUGCUCGUCAGUCGAUUGCUUCAUCUAUUUUUCCUUGGCAGAAAAACAAACCUGCGGUCUAUCACCAAUAUGCACCCCAUCGUCCUCCAUUGAGCAAGAGGUCCAGUCUGGCAGGGCUCAAAGUCUUGCCUUUAUCACAUCCUGAUCCAGUCAAGCAUAUGGAUGAUGUGGAAUUGGAUAUUAUCAAACUCAAAGGCGACCAUUUGAGGAAACGAGUUUUGGAGUUACUACACUUGAUGGAGAUCCAGGAUUGGGCAGAAGUCACGGAUUACCAAGACAUUCACCUUGAUCGAAUCAGCGGUGCCAUGACUAACUGCAUCUUUCUCGUUACAGGACCCCCUUCAUCACACUCUACCCUUGAUAAUAUCGUCCCAAAACCCCGAAAGGUUCUUCUCAGAGUCUAUGGUGUCGGUCUUGAAUCCCUAUUCUCUCGCAGCAACGAGCUUCAAUGGCUCAGGAACCUUUCUAUGAUGGACAUUGGUCCAUCCCUCUUGGGAAUCUUCAGAAACGGUCGCUUUGAACAAUAUGUCGAGUCAACAACACUGACAAAGGAAGACAUCAGGGACCCUAGGACAUCGCGUCAUAUUGCGCAUCGUAUGUGUGAGCUGCAUAACAUCGUAAACAUCUUCCCCCCACCUGAGGGAACAAUUCCACAGUCACAAGAUAACAUUGCUCGGUGGAUCCCCUUGGCAAGAGACGCUAUUGAAAAGAUCUGUGAGAAGGAUCCAUCCAAGCGUGCCAUCAUGGAUGAAUUUAACUUUGACAAGUUGUUGGUAGAGAUUGCAGAGGUUCAAAAAGCUUUAAUGAGGGUCCACUCUCCACUUGUCUUUGCUCAUAACGACGCUCAGUAUGGCAAUAUCUUGAGGACUCUAGAUGAAUCUGGAGAGUUGGUGGUCAUUGACUUUGAAUAUGCAGGCUACAACACGCGAGGAUUCGACAUUGGAAACCAUUUCUGUGAGUGGACAGCGGAUUAUCACUCGGAAAGACCCUCACUAAUGCAUCCGGAGCGCUACCCCACCAAAGCAGAGCAGCUCAAUUUUUUGGAGGCCUACAUGGAGGCUGAAAUUGCCAUGUGUGGAUACCAUUUGACAGCCAUUGACUUGAGCAAGUACUCCAGGAAGAGGAGGUCGAUCACCGCUACCAUUACUAAGGGCCUUGCCAAUGUGGCCUUGACGGCUGUGAAUGCAGCUCAAGCCUUUAGAAAGGGCUCUGUAGCGGAGUCUCGUCAGGAGGAAGUCGCCAAUGCCGAUGGUAUCGCUAACGGUAACAGUAACGGCAGUAGUAGCAGGAACAGUAACGACAAUAGCAACGCUAACACUAAUGGUCACGCUUAUACAGACCAUUCUAAUACUACUACUACUACAGCAGCAGCAGCAGCAAAGGCAGUUGGAAAAGGUAAUAGCGCACUGGAGAAUUCACCUCUAGCGGUGCGUAGGGCACGCAAGGCAGGUGAUGGAGGCGGAGUGACCAAGGCUGAAAUCUUGGAUAGCAUGUACAAAGAGGUCAAUAAGUUUGCACUGACCUCACAUAUCAUGUGGGGUUUAUGGGGUCUAAUUCAGGCCACCCAAAGCGAGAUUGAGUUUGAUUAUUUCGAAUACGCACUCCAACGUCUUACAGAAUUCCGACGCUGUCGGGAUGAGUACAUGUCAUUGUAA